GAUUCUGCCACCAAAGAAUCCCAGAUUUCACAAAAAAAAAGAUUGAUUUUUUAAUAGUGGAAAUGAUCUGGGUUUCAAUCAAAAUGAAGAGCAAUUUGAUCCAUUGAAACUCAAUCUGUUUUCCUUCAUUUCCUUCCACACAUUGAUUUUCAUUUGUAAUGUAGUGAUGGUUUGUGAUUUCCUUCAAAAAAACUGUCUUUUUUGUUGAGGUGCUUAGUCAUCCACCACCCACAACCACCACUAACACCAGAUCUUGAACCCAUAAAAUCUUUUUAACUUUCAUACAGUAUAAUUAUCAAAUACAAUCAAUAUAUACACACAUAUAUACAUAUAUAUUAGGAGAUUUGUAUAUAUAUAUCAUACAUCACCCACCCACUACCAUCACUUUUCAUGGCACACAAAUAAUCGAUAUUACAACAACUCCCCAUCUCGUUUUGCUUGCAGUAUUUCACACAAGAAGAAAACAAGCAUUAGACACUCUCUCGUUGGUGUUUUAACAUUCAUUCAUGGAACGUGCAAGGCGGCUCGCGAACCGGGCGAUCCUGAAGCGCCUGUUGGCAGAGUCGAAGCAGAACCGAUGUACCAAUGAAUCAGCAUCGUCGGUGUUGAAGUCCCCAUCUCCUGUUUUGUACGCUCCUUCGAGGUAUGUGUCGUCGGUUACACCGUUUGUUAAAAGUCCUAAAUGGAGUAAUGGUGUUUGUAAUGUUGGUUUUGGGUCUCAAGUGAGAUCCAUAUCCGUUGAGGCAUUGAAAGGAAGUGACACUUUCCCUCGCCGUCAUAACUCGGCGACUCCAGAGGAGCAGACGAAAAUGGCUGAGUUAUGUGGGUUUGAUAAUCUUGAUUCCCUUAUUGAUGCUACGGUUCCUAAAUCUAUUCGUAUUGAUUCAAUGAAGUUCUCUAAGUUUGAUGAAGGAUUAACAGAGAGCCAAAUGAUUGAACAUAUGAAAAUAUUAGCAGCUAAUAAUAAGAUUUUUAAGUCCUUUAUUGGGAUGGGUUAUUAUAAUACGCAUGUUCCACCUGUGAUUUUGAGGAAUAUAAUGGAGAAUCCGGCUUGGUACACUCAGUACACACCGUAUCAGGCUGAGAUAGCUCAGGGGAGACUUGAGUCUCUACUGAAUUACCAGACCAUGAUUACGGAUCUUACCGGCUUGCCCAUGUCAAAUGCUUCAUUGCUUGACGAGGGAACCGCUGCUGCUGAGGCAAUGUCAAUGUGUAAUAAUAUCCUGAAAGGGAAGAAGAAAACUUUUGUUAUUGCUAACAACUGCCACCCACAAACCAUCGAUAUUUGCAAGACUAGAGCUGAUGGUUUUGAUCUUAAAGUAGUCACUGCGGAUCUUAAGGACAUUGAUUACAAAUCUGGAGAUGUUUGUGGGGUUUUGGUUCAGUAUCCGGGGACUGAAGGUGAAAUUUUGGACUAUGGGGAGUUUAUCAAGAAUGCUCAUGCUCAUGGGGUUAAGGUUGUUAUGGCUACGGAUUUGUUGGCAUUGACAGUAUUAAAGACUCCUGGUGAACUGGGGGCAGAUAUUGUUGUCGGUUCGGCUCAGAGGUUUGGUGUUCCGAUGGGAUAUGGGGGUCCUCAUGCAGCAUUCUUGGCUACCUCUCAGGAGUAUAAGAGAAUGAUGCCAGGGAGAGUUAUUGGAGUAAGUGUUGAUUCUUCAGGAAAGCCUGCCCUGCGCAUGGCAAUGCAAACUAGGGAGCAACAUAUCCGCAGAGACAAGGCCACCAGCAAUAUCUGCACUGCUCAGGCAUUACUUGCAAACAUGGCUGCCAUGUAUGCUGUUUAUCAUGGGCCUGAAGGCCUUAAAACCAUUGCUCAACGGGUCCAUGGUCUUGCUGGUACUUUUGCACUUGGAGUUAAAAAGCUCGGAACAGUGGAAGUUCAGGACCUUCCCUUCUUUGACACCGUGAAGGUUAAGUGUGCCGAUGCACACAUGAUUGCUGAUGCUGCUUACAAAAGUCAGAUCAAUUUGCGAAUAUUAGAGAAAAACACUAUCACUGCCUCCUUUGAUGAAACAACAACAUUGGAGGAUGUCGAUAAACUCUUCAAAGUUUUUGCAUCUGGCAAACCUGUCCCAUUCACAGCUGCAUCUCUUGCAUCAGAGGUUCAGCCACUCAUCCCUUCUGGUUUAAUUAGGGACAGCCCUUACCUGACCCACUCGAUCUUCAACUCGUACCAUACAGAGCAUGAGUUGCUCAGGUAUAUGCAUAGGUUGCAGUCAAAGGAUCUUUCAUUGUGUCACAGUAUGAUUCCUUUGGGAUCCUGUACAAUGAAACUAAAUGCGACAUCUGAAAUGAUGCCAGUCACAUGGCCUAACUUCACCGAAAUUCACCCUUUUGCUCCUGCUGAACAGGCUCUGGGUUACCAGGAAAUGUUCAACGAUUUGGGGGAACUUCUCUGCACCAUCACUGGAUUUGACUCUUUCUCUUUGCAACCAAACGCUGGUGCUGCUGGCGAAUAUGCUGGGCUUAUGGUUAUCCGUGCAUAUCAUAAGGCGAGAGGAGAUCAUCACCGUAAUGUGUGCAUUAUACCUGUUUCAGCACAUGGAACAAAUCCUGCCAGCGCUGCUAUGUGUGGGAUGAAAAUUGUUGCUGUUGGAACAGAUGCCAAGGGGAACAUCAACAUUGAAGAAUUAAGAAAGGCUGCUGAAGCAAAUAAGGACAACUUAGCAGCUCUUAUGGUCACAUAUCCUUCCACUCAUGGAGUCUAUGAAGAAGGUAUUGAUACGAUAUGUAAGAUUAUUCAUGACAAUGGAGGUCAGGUCUACAUGGAUGGAGCUAACAUGAAUGCACAGGUGGGUCUAACAAGCCCAGGCUAUAUUGGAGCUGAUGUUUGCCAUCUCAAUCUCCAUAAAACAUUUUGCAUUCCUCAUGGAGGCGGUGGGCCUGGCAUGGGUCCCAUUGGUGUGAAGAAACACUUGGCACCAUAUUUGCCUUCGCAUCCUGUGGUAUCUACAGGCGGAAUACCAGCUCCUGACAAGGCUGACCCACUUGGUACCAUCUCUGCUGCACCUUGGGGCUCUGCACUUAUCUUGCCAAUUUCUUACACUUACAUAGCCAUGAUGGGGUCUAAGGGCCUUACUGACGCUUCAAAAAUAGCCAUCUUGAAUGCAAACUACAUGGCCAAGCGUUUGGAGAACCACUACCCGGUUCUUUUCCGUGGUGUCAAUGGAACUGUUGCCCAUGAAUUUAUUGUGGACUUGAGAGGAUUUAAGAAUACUGCUGGGAUCGAACCUGAAGAUGUUGCCAAACGGCUUAUAGACUAUGGAUUUCAUGCACCAACAAUGUCAUGGCCUGUUCCAGGCACACUGAUGAUUGAACCCACUGAAAGUGAAAGCAAGGCUGAGUUAGACAGGUUCUGUGACGCUCUCAUUUCGAUCAGAGAGGAAAUUGCAGAGAUUGAGAAAGGAAAAGCUGAUAUCCACAACAAUGUCCUGAAGGGAGCUCCUCAUCCACCAUCAUUGCUUAUGGCAGAUUCAUGGACCAAACCAUAUUCUCGGGAAUUUGCCGCCUUCCCUGCUUCCUGGCUCCAUACAGCAAAGUUCUGGCCCAGUACAGGACGCGUUGACAACGUGUACGGUGAUCGUAACCUCAUAUGCACCCUUCUCCCAGCAUCACAGGUUGUUGAAGAACAGGCUGCUGCUACUGCAUAAUCUUCCGGUCUGUGCCAUUGAUGCAGCCAGGUUACUUCACGGGACAUCAAAGUUGAAACCAGAUAUCUUAUCCUCUCUCUUUCUGUACAUAGAUUAUUCUUAUUCAUAUGUAACUUACAGCUGGUGAUAAUUCAUAAUAUACUGAUGAUCAGAUGCUCUAAUAACUGUAGUUGCUAGCUGCAACUCAAUUAAUCAUCCCCCUUUUACUUUCUCUA